AAUAAACCAAGACGAAGAAGAACUUGCAGGGUUUUGUGGAUGUUUUUCAACAGACGUGUGCUAACCGUCGCUAUGUCGACAACAACACACCACAUAUGGGUCUCACCUGGUUUCUAGAGGGCUGGAUGAGCUGUGGGAGUUAGACGCUGCACACAAUGACCACAGAGUCGGCCCCCCUGGAGAGCCUGCGUGUGCUGCACCAGAGCGACAACUACAUCGUGGUGGACAAGCACUGGGACAUCCGCAUCGACAGCAAGAUGUGGUACGAGAAGCACACCGUGCAGGCGCAACUCGGGCACCGCUUCCCUGAGCUGUCGGACCCCAGCACCUACUACGGAUUCAGGUUCUGUCAUCAGUUGGAUUUCUCCACGAGCGGGGUGCUUUGCGUCGCCCUCAAUAAGGCUGCCGCCGGCCGAGCUUACCGCUGCUUCAAGGACCGCACCGUCACCAAAGCCUACAUCGCUCUGAUCCGUGGCUGCGUGGAAGAAGAGACGCAAACCUUGGACUUCUCCAUCGGCAAGAACUCCUCAGAAGGAAAAACACACAUGAUGUGUAUUGAGGGAAGCAAAGGUUGUGAGAACCCGAAGCCUUGCCAAACUGAGCUGACGGUGUUGGAGUACGGAUCGUAUGAUGGAGACCCUGUCACCAAAGUGCUGCUGCAGCCACUCACUGGCCGAACACACCAGUUAAGGGUCCACUGCAGCGCAAUAGGCCACCCCAUCGUUGGAGACUUCACCUACAGCUCGGGAGCGGACGACGCCCCCUACCGCAUGAUGCUGCACGCACACCUCCUCCACAUCCCCCUGGAACCGGAGCCCCUGCUCGUCUCCGCCGGAGACCCCUUUCUCCCCGCGGCGGACCCCAAGUGGCUCCCGCGGCGCUCAUUGCGGACUCUGGCGGCCACUGUGGAGGCACUGCUGGAGCGCAGGGUGGAGGAGGACAGAAAGAUCAAAGAGGAGAAGAAAGAGAGGACGAAGAGGGAGGAGGAGAGAAGGAAAGGACGCCGGGAACAGAGGGUUGACUGGGAGAGUGAGGAGCAGAGGAGGCAGUGCCAGGAGUGGCUGAGCGAAUGGGCUGGGGACUGAUUUAUUAUUAUGUAUUUUUAUUUAUUUUAGCUGUUUGCCAAUGAUGGUCACGUUGAGUGUGUAUGCUCCAUUUCACUGACAACCCCUCUCCCCCAUUGCAUUUAAAUGGCAUACACGGAAGUAAAACCCUGCAUCCUAAACACCUCACAAAUCAGUCACAAUGAGUUUAGAAGAGAUGUGUGUGAGCAUGGAUGUACGCUGCUGCUUUCAUUCACAAUUAACAGUCGGGAGCUGCCCACUAAAAAACAGUCUUGAACAGAUUCACUGAGAAGUUCCAACACUGUAGGUGAGAAAUAAGUGCCUUGCUCAAGUUCAAGUGAGGGGUUGGGUUGAUGCCAUAUUUUUUCUUCUUCUUGUAUACAUUCCCCCUGCCGCCCCCCCUUGAAAAGUGUAAGCAAUUGUUUUUUGUCCAAAUACUCGUAACUCCAUGUGUGUUGUCACAUUCACUGCAUGGCUAUAACAUACAUGGAAUCCCAUGUAAAAGCAUUCUGUUUUUAUAAAAUUAUUGUUUUACUGCUUUGAAUCAAACAAAUAACAAGUAACAGCAAAUGUCUACAAAUCAAUCUUGGUCUGGUACUAAUAUAACAAGCUAAAUAAAUGGUUGAACAAGAA